CCCAGGGGUAAAACUGACAUGAUUCACUAAUCACUCAAGAAAACCAUACUUUGACAGAAGAGGAAGCUACUAUACAAUCAAAAAAAUGAGCAAGCAUACGAAUUUUAGACGCCACGGGAGGGGUGGUCAUGAUGCAGAAGAGCUGAAGAACUUCUGGGAAAAGGUCAUCCGAGAGCAAACUAAGCAACAAGAAGCUGAAGAGUCUAGGCUAAGCAAAAGUGCCCUGAACAAACUUCGCCAGGAAUGGACUCAGCGGCUGGAAGGUCGAGUAAGGCAGGUCCAGGCACACAUGAAAAUACGGGAAGAACAAAUGACACCACUGUCUAUCGAGGCUGUUCCCUCAGAUAAAACUGUUGCUUAAAGUUACUGCGCAAACACAGCAAGCACUGGGCCCGAUUCUGACCUCCUGCAUGUACCUAUAAACCAGCAGUUACCCUGCUGAACAACAGAAAGAUCAGAUUCUGCCCAUUUUCCAAACUACUAUUAAAGUCCUAUUGAAAUUCAGUGCAAGAACAAUGCCACUAGGGGGAAAAAAGUACAAAGGAAUAGAUGAGAAGCAGUCAACAAUAUAUUAUUUUCCAUGAUAUAUUAUUACUGUGAUGCAUCGGGAUUCUCUUAUGUAACUGCAUUUCCAAGUGACGACAAUAUACUGCUAGGAGAGAGGGUGGGUUGUUUAAAGGGAAUAACACAUUCAGACAGCUGAAUGCAAAACUGUACAUUUCCAUUUAUACAGCUCACAGAGGCUUACUCUGAGCUCACAGGCUUAAUGCAGACAUAAGAUGUUCUGCCUGUCUUGAAGAGCCUCAGUUGAGGGAGUUAAGUAUUAGCCUGAUCAGCUGGCC